GAAGCGGAACAGAAAGAAGUCCGUAAGUUUUGGUUGCUUGAUCCCAAACCGGGGAAGGGAUUUCUGGAGCGUUAACUCGAUUUCAAGCCUCGCUGGUUUCAAUGGAUUUGACAAGCCCCCCACUACCUCUAAGGGACAAUGGUUUUGAUAUGAUAACCCCUGAACCUUUUGGGACAGAGGAGGAGAACAUGCAAAGACUUAAGGAAGAACUGAAGGCAUGGAAGGAAAGAGUUGUAGAAGCUGAAAAUCUAAAAGCUGACCUUCUUUUCUCCAAUGUAUGUGCUGAGGAAGAGUGUGCCAAGGCACAGGAGGAGUUGAUGAAGCUGAAAGGCUUGCAGGAGAAUGAUCAGAAGGACAGUAUUACAUAUAGGGACACCCUUGAGGACCAACUCUAUCAGCUGCACAGAGAAAACACUGAGCUGAAGAAAGACAUUGAAAAGCUCAACAAAGACCUUGAAGAACUAAGUUCAGUGCAGGCACAGAAUACUCAGGGCCGGGGAGGCCCGAGCCGAGCUCCCCGAGCUCCUGGGCCGCAUCCCGGCGGGACCCCAUCCCGGCAGGAACCUCAUCCCGGCGGGACCCCAUCCCGGCAGGAACUUCAUCCCGGCGGGACCCCUCGUCCCGUUGGAGCGGCGGCCAUGGCAACAGGAAGAGCUGCCAAAUCCACAAGGACAGUUGUCAUUGCUGGUGUCCCAGAAGGCCUUCUGCAGGAUGAUGUCAUGGCUGACAUCCUCACCAUCCACUUCCAAAAGUCGAGGAAUAACGGUGGAGACGUGGAAGAAGUGACUUAUCCAGCAGGGAAUAAAGGAGUCGCCUACAUAACCUUUGAAGAUCAAGAAGUUGUGGAGAGUGUCCUGAAGAAGGAUGACCAUCUACUGGAAGACAAGAGGCUGUCCCAGUCCUAUCCCCUGAGAGUGACCCCUUACUGUGAAAAGGUCUUCAGCUCUGUCACAUCUGUGCUCAACAUGGCUGUUUUCAAAGAGCAGUUUGUUUUAGAAGAUCUGGUGGAAGAAAUGAAGAAGCAGAGCAGGGAUUUGAGCUUUGGGCCGUUGCAGUCCGAUGGGCAGAUUGCUGUCCAAGGCUCCUUUCCAGCCAUCAAACUGCUCAGAGACUUUCUCUUACUAAAAGCAAAAUCCCUCUCGGAGAGGGACAACAGAGAGGAAAGCAAAUCCCAUCAGAGACCGAGGAGGAGGCUGCAGGAACACAGAAGUACCACGGAGAGGAGGAAUUUCGUUCCUGAUGGAGAUGGGGGAAAACAAGUGGUUGUUCUUGACACAGAUAUAUAUCACUACAUGAAGCACUUCUUUCCCUGGAUAUUCCAAGAAAAUGAUGUUGCAAUUUCUGCUGUCACUGAUGGUGAUGUAACUACGGUGUGUGUUGAGAAUUCUGGAAGGGCUGAUGCUGGACAGGUAUCGAGUGUCAAAAAGAAAAUUGAAGAUCAGUCCGUAAAACUCCACAGCAUUUUACGGAAAAUAAGGGUCUCCUUCAAGGAAUGCCCCAGAGAUGAAAAGCAGAGACACAAAUGGGUGUGUGAAAGGCUAAAAUCCUGUUACCCUCAGGUUUUGGUCAUUCCUUAUGAUGCUCACGUUGAGGUGAUAGGAUUUUCUUCGGACAUUUUUAAGUUCACCAAGGAAAUGAGCAGUAAGAGUCUCACCGGGUAGAAAGUGAGUGUUCAGAUCUUUGCUCUCUGUGCUCCUCACACAGACUGUGGCACUGCAGAUCUCCCACUGUGUGGCUGAGAGGGGAACUCUGCACAUGAGGGUGGACAGGCCUGUUCCCCCCCCCAAAGACCAGAUUAAGUUCAGGACAGGAAACCAUUGCUCUCUGCAUCACUCACGAGCUCAGAGACCUGAAGAAGUCAAGCCUCUUCUACCCAGAAACAGCCUCAUUUUCCUUGUGUUGGCUCAGUGCACACUCACUCCAUCUUGCUGGCAGGGAGCACGUGGUGAGAAAAGAGAUUUUUUUUCUCAAGAGACUGACAAAGCAGUUCCAGCCAGCCUGGUGGGAGACACUGCAGUGAGGUUGUGGUCCUUUGUGCAGGCAGGUGACCACUGCAAACACCAACGGGGGCCUUUUCCUGUCACCUGGAUCUGCAGGAGAACCUUCUCGUCCCCGAGAUGCACAAGGAGAGCUUUGACACCUGACAGAACUAAAUGCAUAUUAAAUUCACAGCCUUGUCAUGUCCUGAGAAAGCCCUGAGAAUAUGGCAUGGAAGGUUUUCACAGUAGAAAAUAGGCAGUUUUGUUUUCAUAGGAGCAGUAAUGUUUCUUUUCCAGCUGUGAUGGCUUCUGCAGCAUCUCUUGACAACACCUUAUUUAGACAUGAGUGUCCAAAGGUUUGAUGCGAAAAUCCGGGGGCAUUUGGACUUUUGAAUCAGGUUCUGUUUAGGCAAAUCUGUUUCUAUAUCCUAUUGCAAGGGUCCAAAGGGGUUUUUUUUUAUAUAACCAGUUUAGAAAAUAGCUCUUAUUUUGUGGUAUCAGCGUGUCCAGAAUAUUUUGUCAGAUCGUACACAGAGCACUUUUGUCUGACGUGCAGAAAAGUUUUAGGGUUUUUAUGCCAUUAAAGAAGUUACUUGUACAAAACACCGUGUCCGUGU